AUGGACUCCAGGGCGUCAACCCCGCUGUCUGAUAUCGACGAGGCCAUCAUUGCAGCCGGAGAUCCCUCAACAAAACAUGAAUCUCCUGCUCAGGGAGAACGCGAAAAGGGACCGGGAGGUAAAACUCCACUCGUCGUCGCGUCAAAGGAUUCUAAGACGCAGGAUGCGGAGGAAAAGAAUGUGUUAAACAGAAAAUUUGAUUACACGGAAGUGGAUAAGAAGAAUAUCCUACCGGAUGGCUUCAAGCGCCCUAAGCCGCCUCUCAGGGGCGAUCUUGUUUCAGGCAUGGCAAGCGAUAAAGAGGUCGCACGUAGUGGCACUGAUGAGGAGAAAAGAUGGGUUGAGCGUAAGAACAGUCGCCUCACCGGUCAGGGCAGCAGCUCAAAGCGCCAGUAA